CUGCAAGGCGCCGGCGCUUCCAGAAACUUCGGCCACUCCGCCAACCGGCGACGGAAAAAAACAGUGUGCUACAUCUGCUGAGCAAGAUCCUAAGAUGGUGAUUGAUUGCGCCUGCUGAUUUGAGGUCCGAAAUAUCCAGGAUAGAAUACCAUAUUGUCCAGUGAAGAGCAGUUCCAGCAUAAUAAAUGUGGUGUGUUGGAAGGAACUGCAGAAGGUGGACAAAAAUACUGGAGAAACUCAGCGGGUGAGGCAGCAUUUCUGGAGAUAAGGAACAGGUGAUGUUUCGGGUCGAGACCAUUCGUCAGACUGGGUGGAAUAAAUGUGGUGCUUCCUGUCCAUUGAGCAAUCCACCACAUAGUUGGAGAUGGCGCAUGUAGUUUCAACUAAAAAAAUAUUAUUGAGAACAAUGUGACAUCAAAGCUGAACUUGCUGUAUAAGACACAUCUAAAAUAUUUCAGAGUGAACUUGAAAUUGAAUUGUGCUGCAACAACAUCAUUUAAGAACUUGUUUUCAUCAUUCCAGUUCAAACUUUUAAUCUCAAAUCAAGAUCUUGUUAAGUAUAAUAAAAAAUCAACUCUUUGAAAUGGAGCUGGAAUCCAUUCAAAAGAAUAUGAAUGUAACAACAUUAAAUGGAGAGGUGAUUACCUUUAUUAUGUCCAAGAAAAAGCACCAGAGUGGGAAAAGCGUUACCGUGCUGCAGUUCCAAAGGAUGAUGUUUGAUUCAGAAUCGGGGAACUUCAUGAAGAAAUUUGCAGGGACAUACAUCACUAAUCGAAAAAGUUCAUAUUCACAAAUUAUUGCCUGCAGUUGUGCGAUUGAUUCAAGAACAGGACAAAAUUGCCCAUGUAUCUUGCUGAAGAUGCACAAAAAACAUUCUAAAUUUGGAUAUAUUUUACUUCUACUACAUAAUUCAAAUGAAAUUGAGCAUCAUUUGGACUUUGAACUGGAUUACGAAAUAAAAGAGAAGUUGACCCUCUUGACUGGGCCCAGUGUUUACUGGAGUUGUGGCAAUCACAUUUUACACAUAUCUCUUCAAACAAAUGGUAUUUUGAACAUUCCAAUUUCAUUUACUGCAGUUAUAUGGAUUGGAGAGAUUUCUGAUGGAGAUGUUGUUACACUAGGAGCAAGGAAAGCAGCUGGACCUGUAAAGAAUUAUGAUUCUGCAGUUACUAAAGCUGAUAAACAGAUCUGGGGUAGUGAAUUCGUCACAUAUUCCAUAAAAAAGAAAACCAUGUGCAGUCAUCAUUUGAUUCCAAAUGCUUACAGCACAGUAGUUACACAUAUAUUAAUUUGCACUCUUGAUGUUACAGACAGUCAGUUAAAGACAACAGUUAUAGCAAUCACAUGCAAACAUCAACUGGUUAUGUUUGAAAAUUGUCACCCCAUGAAUGUCUGCCAGCUUCCUUUUGAAGAUGCCUGUGAAAUAAAAAUGGUCGCAACUGGCAGAGAGAAUCAUCUCUUCCUUGUAACUUCAGGAGCUGGAACUGUUUGUGCUGUCUCAAAGGAAAAUUGGCAGGUUGUUUCUGUUUGGCAAGAUGUAUGGUCAGUACAGUUGGAUGACUUCUUAGGUGUAGGGACAGAGCAAAUGUUGUUACUUUCUCGGGGAACUUACACUAUUGAAGACUGUCUGAAGAAUUUCAUACUGACUGAUCUUGGCGAAUUUAACUACUCUAUUAAGUCUGGGCUUGCUGACGAGGAAGAAAUACAGAUAAAUAACACGGCGCAUGUGAACUAUCACCACACAGUUCAAGCCCUGGAGGCAAGGUUACAGUCAGGUUUGGCAUCUCUUAAAGAGCUGAAGCACCUGCUAAGAGUGAAAGAAAGAGUUUUACUUCAAUCUUCCAAGGCUCUAAUAAACCUUAUUGACAGAAAUCAUUCCCCCUUACCCAGUGCUGAAGAGGAAGGUUUGGUUUCUCUUUGGCAUGAGGAGGAUUCUGACCUACAGUUCUCCACUGAAACGACUUGCUCUGUCAAUCAGACAUUAAAUUAUCCAGUUCAGAAGAUCUGGCAACGUGUAGUCGAUGGUAGCUGGAUAGUAGGAGUACAAUUAUCUGAAUCCAACACGUUAAAAUUUGACUGGGUGAGUUUGUCACUUGUGAUCAACCCUGACCUCCUUAAUACUGCAACAGUGAUUCAGUCACAAAGUAAAGUGGUGAAGCUGAGCAAAUUUGGAGUAUCUGCAUCAAUUCCUCAGUAUCCGGUAGAGCCUCCAUCAAAGAAAUCAAGAAUGGAUUUGCAAGACAUAAUGGAUUUGAGCAGCUGCCAUGAAGAAGAUCAGUGCUCUCAGAUUUACAAAGAUCUUACACAGACCAUCACUGUUGUCACAAACCUAUCUCCACUGCUGGCAUACAAUAAUAUUCACUGUUCUGUGUUACUACAUGGUAUGAUGAUGGAUUCCACCCAGAAAAACGAAUUAACAAAAAUAAGAUUGAUCUCACCAUGUGGGAAAAUAUCUUUAAAUAUCGAGGACAUCUGGAAUGAAAAUUAUAUUACGGUCGUAUUGCAGAAUCCUUUGCUGUGUACAGAUAAGACAAUAGAAGAUUUUUAUGCCAUUGUAGCUACAUCCCAAAGAUCGUACUUCAGAAUAUUCUCCCCUGAUUAUACGCUGGCUCCAGUGAAAGACUGGCUGUUCGGUCCAAUGCAAUGCGAGCCUCUGAAAAUCUACCCAGAAUAUUGGCUGUGUUUCAAAAUGGGUAUUCUCCUUAAAUGGCAUCUACCAAAUCCCUUUAAAGGAAUUUUAACAAUACUUUGGAGGAAUCAAUCUUUUUUGCUGAUGUUCCUUCGUGGUCUUACUGGAAUCCUUUCACAACGUUGCGAAGUGACACACAUGAGUACUGGACCAGAUGACCAAAAGAUAGACAUUUUUGGGCGUGCACUUGAGCAAGAGACACUUGCCUUCAGAAAUUGCAUAACUUCUGCUAUCAUAGAAGCUGAUAAUGUGUUCACAAUGAGAACCAAAGCCGAGAACAAACAGAACACAUGUCAACAGAACGCUUCUCUAUUAGACAGUGAGGUUAAGCUGCAGGAGUACAGGCAAAUGUUUCAAAUCGAACGAGAACAAAGUAUUCUGAGGAUGAAUCUAUCAAUCACGGUCCCUCAGUACAGAGAAAUAACAAAGAAUUUGACUAACAUGCAGCUGAACACUGAUGACUUUGCAUGUGGGGUCAGUAGAUCCCACACUUCAUUUUCUAUUUAAUAAUUGAGAUCGAAUUUCCAAGAAUUGAUCAGAGAAGAUAAUUUGAUGAGACACACAGUGCCUAUUUCUUUGACCCUUCUGUUUUCACCCCGAUUUCCUAUUGUGAAAAGUCUGUCCUAUGACUUCUAUAUUUAGUUCCUGUUUUGGGAGUCCAGAGAUGGCUGUUUGGGAAGAUGGUAAGGAAAGCAAUUUAUUAAUAACUGUUGUAAAUGUUUUAACUUUAAAAUCGUAUUCCAAAAUUAAUAUAGUUUGUAGUUCUGUUGGCAUAAUUUGCAACAAGAUUCAAAAGUUAAAUCAAAAUAAACUUCGAUUUCAUUUAAUUUUCAGACAUUAUCAAGUGUACAAUUAUGAAUUGAAGGGUAAAGAGGUGAGCCAACUAUUGCCAGAUGAGAAAUUUGUAGGGAAGUGUAAUGGUCCUCUGGGCUGCUGGAUUAAAAAAUAUGCUGGUAUAAGUUUACUCAACAAUAAACCUUGCUGGAAGUUGAA